AUGUUCAUAAACCUGGUCCGGGGCAGUGAGAGCAAAAUAAUCUCCUUCUCGAUUCGCCCACAACGUCGAUUACUGCCGAGUGCGAAUGGAUUACAACGGGUGGCAUUCAGCACGUUGCGUCGUACCGUUGGCAAUCGAUCGUGUUUGAACAGCCGGCAUGGUGUGGAAGCAUUUCGUAAUCAUCAGCUGAUAACCGGUAGCUUGGGGCGCAGAUUCGCGAGCACCGGUAGUACGGAGGAGGUGGCUAAAAAUGAAGCCGCAACCGAUCAGGAGAAAGUUGCGAAACGUGCCAAGCUGAAGCUGCGAUCGUCGGAUGUGAAGCGGUUGCUGGGUUUUGCGAAAUCCGAGCAAUGGAGCAUCGCAGGUGGCGUUGGAUGUUUGAUCGUUUCGUCAGCAAUCACAAUGUCCGUUCCCUUUGGAUUGGGUAAAAUCCUUGACGCCAUCUACUCCAGCUCGGCUGAGACCGGAAUGGCGAAGGAAAAGCUGGACCAAUUUUGUCUCAUUCUCGGCGGGAUCUUUCUCCUUGGCGGGUUGGCCAACUUCGGGCGCGUGUACCUGUUCAGCAAUGCCUCAUUGAGGAUAACGAAAAACAUUCGCGCUAGCGUGUACAGCGCCAUGCUGAACCAGGAAGCUGGCUGGUUCGACCGGAAAGGCACAGGGGAGCUGGUGAAUCGGUUGUCCUCCGAUACGUACCUGGUGGGGAAUUCGCUCAGUAUGAACCUCUCCGAUGGGUUGAGGUCUACGGCCAUGAUUGCGGCCGGUGCUGGAAUGAUGGUGUACACCUCGCCCCAUCUGGCCCUGGUGGGAAUGUGUAUCGUGCCUUGUGUGGCUGGAGGAGCGAUCGUUUAUGGGCGAUACGUGCGUAACAUCACGCGGGAGCUGAUGGACAAGUACGCGGACAUCAUGAAGAUCGGUGAGGAGCGUUUGGGAAACGUAAAGACGGUCAAAGUGUUCUGUAAGGAGCGGUUCGAGAAGCAGCUCUUUUCGGAACAACUGCAGGAUGCGCUUAACAUCGGCUACCGAGAGACCAGGGCACGGGCCACGUUUUACGGGAUGACGGGCCUGUCGGGGAACAUUAUUAUCCUGUCGGUACUGUACUACGGUGGUACGAUGGUGAAUAACGCAGAAAUGACGAUCGGUGCGUUGACGUCGUUCAUUUUGUACGCCGGUUAUACGGCCAUCUCGAUAGGAGGCCUUAGCAACUUUUACACUGAGCUGAAUAAGGGCGUCGGGUCGGCUAGCAGGCUGUGGGAGAUAAUUGACCGGAAGUAUGCGAUUCCCAUCGAAGGUGGAGUUGAAGUGACCAAUGCCCUAGCAGGGCAGAUUCAGUUCCGUGACGUCGUAUUUCAUUAUCCUUCCCGUCCGGAUGCACCGAUUUUGAACGGUGUGAACUUGACCAUCGAACCCGGAACCUCGACCGCCGUUGUCGGACGCAGUGGCUCGGGAAAGUCCACCAUCGCGUCGUUGGUGUUAAGGCUUUAUGAUCCGGAGCAAGGAUCGGUACGAUUGGAUGGGACCGAUCUGAAAGACCUUAAUCCGUCUUCUCUCCGUCGGUACAUUGGCGCAGUGAAUCAGGAACCGGUACUGUUCAGCGGCACAAUAAGGGAGAACAUUCUCUACGGGUUGAACAUGGGCGAGAAAAUCUCCGAGAGUGCUUUCGAGCGAGCUGUUCGGGAGGCGCACGUGGACGAGUUCGUGCAGCAGUUUCCGGACGGUUUGAAUACGCUCGUUGGCCAACGUGGUGUGAUGCUGAGUGGUGGCCAGAAGCAGCGGGUGGCCAUUGCCCGAGCGAUCAUACGGAACCCUAAAAUACUCAUCCUUGACGAAGCGACUAGUGCCCUGGAUGCGGUUUCGGAAGAGUUGAUACAGAACGCGCUGGAAAAGCUGACCAAGAACCGUACCGUGCUGACAAUUGCGCACCGAUUAAGCACAAUCCGGAACGCGACAAACAUUGCCGUGCUGCAGGAUGGCCGGAUCGUGGAACACGGAAACUACGAUCAGCUGAUCGCGACGCACGGAGGCGUGUUUCGGGAGCUUGUGCAACGACAAACCUUUAGCAGUUCUACUAACGCGAGCUAGGACUCGUCGGUGAUGCCGGUUGCAUCGUUAUGAUUGUUUUAGGUCGCCACGUGGCCACGUUUGUUGGUUUAUUCUUAGUUUUUACAUUCGAAUUAUGAUUCGGUUUUGUUAUUGGAUAUUUGUUACUGAACGUUAUCCUUCGAUUGCCGGGCGGUACCGCAAGAACAAGGAAGUCCAUAAUCAAUGCACCCCAGCUGCAGCUCGUUUGUGGAGAGAUCGAACGAAUGAGUUGUAGUUUUUUUGUUUGUGAAUAAUUUCUCUUAUUUAUGAAACACAGUUUGACCCGCCACUUAACUGCCGUAUUGAGACUGUUAGCGAAUCAGAUUAUUCGGAACGAAUCCCGUUCUUAACGUACCGUGUACCUCGGAGAACAAAUCAUGUAUCUAGCAUAGUGGAGUGGUGAAAAUGGAUAGUAAAUACACGAAC